AUGAGAAAGUGUGAUGAGUAUAUUGUGGAAUAAUCUAAGUGGCUAAGGCAUUAGAUGAUGUAUGACAGUGUUGUUAUAAAAUAUUUUCGGGAAGAGCACUAAAAAUAGAUUGUCAAAAAUCUCUAUUAAUAAAUAGAUUUGUAAAUUACUUUGGAAUGA